UCUACAGCAUCUCUCCUCCAUUCACUGGCCAUAUAUCCUCCUGCUUUUCUGGCUGCACUGACUGCACGCUCGUCUAUUUAAUUCGCACCAAAGUCUAUUUGCAUUGUACUUUGCCUUUGGAUACAGUAUUGGAUUUUUUGCAAAGCUUGCUGUGCGCUUGCGGCUCCUCGGAGACCAAACUAAAGGAUGGUCAGUCAGCAGAAGUGUUGGGAAGCCUUUAUUUUUUCCCUGCCAACCUUUUAAUCGCUCUGGGGCGAAAUAAACCUCGCUGACAGUGAAAUUAGUCCACAUCUUCUUCUCUUUUUUUUUCUUUUCUCCGUCUCCCUCUCCAAUAUGCAAUUAUUGUGCGCGGAUGGAGGUGACGUUCUUCAGAAUUGAUGCCAAUUACUAAACAGUCCAAUCUGCGUGUGAGAUAUCUACGGAGCCGGGAGAAGUUUGACUGCGCAGCGUCUUGUGUGGAAUGGGCGAUGGAAUGUGCUACAGCUUUGCAAUGAGACGUCUGUGGGUCUGUGUCUUGCUUGUGAGCAUCACCUGCCGUCUGAGCCUCUCCCAGGAUGUAACUGGAACUCCCAAAGAGGCCGAAUUAAAUGACAACAUUACCAUCUUCACACGCAUCCUGGAUGGACUGCUGGAUGGUUAUGACAACAGACUCCGCCCUGGAUUGGGAGAAAAGGUGACAGAGAUCAAAACCAAUAUCUUUGUCACAAGCUUUGGUCCAGUCUCUGACACUGAAAUGGAAUACACUAUUGACGUGUUCUUCCGUCAAAGCUGGAAAGAUGAAAGACUUUGCUUUAAAGGCCCAAUGGAGAUGCUUCCCUUGAAUAAUCUCCUGGCGAGUAACAUCUGGACUCCGGACACCUUCUUCCUCAAUGGGAAGAAAUCCAUCGCACAUAAUAUGACUACACCUAACAAGCUCCUGCGGCUGAAAGAUGAUGGGACUCUGCUGUACACCAUGAGACUGACUAUAUCAGCAGAAUGUCCCAUGCAACUGGAGGAUUUCCCAAUGGACGCCCAUGCUUGUCCCCUUAAAUUUGGAAGCUAUGCAUAUCCAGUCUCGGAGGUGGUCUACACGUGGACUCAGGGGGCAGCCAAGUCAGUGGUGGUGGCAGAGGAAGGCUCUCGGCUCAAUCAGUAUCAUCUAAUUGGUCAGACUGCAGGGACAGAGGACAUCUACACCAGCCGAGGCCAAUACACCGUGAUGAUGGCUCACUUUUACCUGAAGAGGAAGAUCGGCUACUUUGUCAUCCAGACAUACAUGCCUUGCUUCAUGACUGUAAUCCUGUCACAGGUUUCCUUUUGGCUCAACCGGGAGUCUGUGCCAGCACGGACUGUCUUUGGUGUGACCACAGUGCUCACCAUGACCACUCUCAGCAUCAGUGCUCGAAACUCGCUGCCUAAAGUGGCUUACGCUACUGCCAUGGACUGGUUCAUCGCAGUGUGCUAUGCCUUUGUCUUCUCCGCCCUCAUUGAGUUUGCCACAGUUAACUACUUCACCAAGAGGAGCUGGGCCUGGGAUGGAAAAAAGGCAAUGGAGGCCCAACAGCCCAAGAAGAAAGACCCUUUGGCUCUGUCUAAAAAACCAAACAACACCUGUUCAGCUGGAGUGAAUUAUACAACCAAUCUUACGAAGGACGCAUCCAUCUCUACCAUUUCAAAUAGCACUGCUGUUCAGCUCAAACCUUCUGAAACCAAGGCCCCAGACCCCAAAAAGACUUACAACAGUGUCAGCAAGAUUGACAAGAUGUCCAGGAUAGUGUUCCCGGUGCUGUUUGGGACCUUCAACCUGGUGUACUGGGCCACUUAUCUUAAUAGGGAGCCAGUGAUCAAAGGAGUUGUGUAAGCUCUGUGAUCAGGGUCAUUCAUCCUCCUGACAACCACUUCAGGAUUUGAUAACUGGAACGCACUCAAAAUCAUUGCCAAGCACUUAGUCAUUGUAUCAUAGAUGUGUUUUUUCAUUGGAUAACAUUGCAUGUCUGUCGCUUCAGGAAAAUGUUGCCAUGUUUGCCUUGAGUUUGUACAUGUAUGAUAUACAACUUUUCCUUAAAGACAGUUUAAUUUAUCUAAUUUUAGAACUCCAGUCACUGAUUAGUUUCUGCCAAAUUCUGAUAUUUAAAAAUGUUUGGCAUUUGGCAUUUAUAUUUUCUUGUUGAGUCUACAGUAGAUAAUGGUACAGCAAGGCCAAAUGCUAUGCAAAACAACAUUUUUACUGUGUUAUUUAUUACUCAAAAGCGGCUUUUACCUUUAUGACUCUUACUUUGUACAAAUGGGCUGGAGGUCCAGGAAUGCGAGGCUGGGCCCAGGCACAUGGAACUUUGCUUCCUUGUUAAAAGCAGAUGAAUAGCCAUGCUAAAAGUGUUGCCUUCAGAGUGUGAUAACUCAUUAUGAAUGCACUGAAAUCUCCUGCAGUUACUUUUUCAGAAGCCAGUUUUUCAACUUUCAUUCAAUCAUUUUCUCUUUUUGUUUUUGUUUUUUUGCUACUUUUCUCUCAACUUUGAAUGGCCAGUUUUCCAUAAAUAUAUAUUUUUUUGUUUAUGUAAAGAUUAAAUGGGGACAGAUUUUAAGCUAAAGUGAUAGCGGCAGCUUCUGUUUCCAGGUCACCAUGUUGAGAAUCCUGUAUGUAUGUACGUAGUUUAAGAAACAUGUAUAUAUGCCCUGCUUUUAGAAAAGUACCACUAAGCCAGUAAGGUUACCUUCUAUGUUAUGCCUAUACAGCAACACAGUGUUACUCUAGUCUAGUGCUUCAUUGACUGGAUAUUGAGAAAUGAGCAGAAUAGCUUGAGCUUUAGCAAUUUUGACAGAAUAUACAAUGCUUUUUUAAAACAUUUUGUUUUUUAGAUCAGUUUGUUGUUUCUAUAAGCUUGCAAAUAUUUGCAAACUUGCAAAUAUUCUUGAUAAAUAUUUGGAUGCUUUGAGCAGGAUCACUUUUUUGUCAUAAUUUAGAGUAACUGCUGUAGUUAAGAGACUGACCUGAGCUUAUCAGGUUGUCAGGCCAAUCAAAGAGACAGAAAGUCACAAUGACCAGGUUAUUGCAUUUCGUCAUUGUCAUUUUUAAAUCAUGAUUUGUUAUGCAAAAACAUGAUGCAUUAACAUAUAAUAAUCUAUAUUUGUCAUUAAAUGGCACAGUGUUAUCUUAAGGAAUAGUUUGACAUUUUGUGAAAUGCAUUUAUUUGCUUUCUUGCCGAGCGUUAAAUGCGAAGAUUGAUACCACUCUCAUGUCUGUACAGUAAAUUUGAAGCUACCGGUUAGCUUAGUUCAGACUGGAAACAGGUAAUUCCAUUUAAGGGAUACUUUUUAGAAAAUACGCCUCUUUGCUUCUUUGUCGAGACUUAAAUGAGAAAAUUGAUCCCACUCUCAUGUCUGUACAGUAAAUAUGAAGCUUCAGCCAGAUGACAGUUAGCUUUGCUUAGCAUAAAGACUGGAAACAGGUAAUUCUAUUAAGGGAAUACGUCGACUUUUUGGGAAAUAUGCUUAUUUGCUUCUUAGUCAAGUCAAAUGAGAAGAUUGAUACCACUCUCAUGUCUAUACUCUAAAUAUGAAGCUAAAGCUAGAGGACAAUUAUCUUAGCUUAGCAUAAAGACUACAAAGAAGGGGAAACAUCUGUCCUAAUUAAAGAAAUCCGUUGUAUCUUGUUUGUACAGAGCCAGUGACCUUUGGUGAUGACAAAACUACAGCAUGCUGUUGCACCAGUUAUAUUUAAGUUAAAACGUAGCAUUUGUUUGAACAUAGUGGAAGAGUUACACUAUAACUUAAUAAAAACGGGUUUCACCCUACAAGUUAGUUACAAUGUAGACUUAAUAUAUAACUUAAAAUUUACCCCUAAAAUCUCCCCUGAGCAGGUACUUGCUUUAUUAAGUGUUGUUUGUUUUGUGUGGUUUUACAUUCAUGAUGACAUGAUAGCAUACUUUACUUUCUCUUUUUUAUUAAAAAAAAUCUGUUGUAACUUCCAUCACAAGUUAAUAGUGGUUUUCUCUCUCAUUUUACCCAAAUGGUGCACAAGGUGAAAUGAAAUGCUUUGGUUAUGGUCGACUUUGUUAAAUUAUAUGAUAAGUAUAGUAAAGGAGGUGCAACUUAAGAAAGUGGUGAGUUUAUUGUGAAACUAAGUAGUUACAACUUAGCAGUUUGUGUUGACUUUACAUUUGAAAUUAAACAGGCUGCUGAAAGUCACUGCACCCGGCCAAGGAAAGGUCCAGCACAUAACCCUCAAAACCACAACUUGUUUUUACAUUUCAGUUUUUGAACGGAUUAAACAAACAAAGGUCAGGGUCAGUGUUUGUUGUUCAUUAGUGAGCUUUAAAGGUGCUGGAAGGUACAUUUUUUUACCUUCGGACAGAGCCAGGCUAGCUGUUUCCCCCUGCUUACAGUCUUUAUGCUAAGCUAAGCUAACGUCUCCUGGUUCCAGCUUAAUUUUAUCCAUGCAGACAUGAGAAUGGCAUCAGUCUUCUCAUCUAACUCUCAGCAAGAAAGCUAAUAAGCAUAUUCAAUAGAAUAACUUCAGUUAAAGCGCUUUUAAAGUCACAUUAGGACCAUAUAAAGUCAAGCUUUUUACAUGAUACUCGCUCCGAAGGCUGCAUGCACUGCACUCACUUCAGCAGAGUAAGUUUUGCAGUCUUCACAGUUCUCUCAUAAAUGAACACUUACAAUUUGAGCCUGUUGUCUGUUUGGGUAAAGGGUUAAAAUAUGAAUGUGAUCUAUUCAUGUGACUUUAUGCCUUGUGUGGCCUGCCACUAUUUAAUAAGUUUAUGGAGCACACCAGUUGUCUUGUAUUAUUACAUUUAAGUGAAUUUUAGGUACAGGCUGUUCUUUAAAUGCAAAUAUCUGAAGCAAUAAAUAAUGCUCAUAUAAAUAACAACUUCUGUUUAUGGUAAUAUGUGAUCAUUUGAUCUUCAUUUUGUUGAUGUCUUUUUAUCCAGACUUUAUCCUUUUGGCAAUAGUCUUUUCUAUAUAUGGCUAUACUCUGAUUCAUUUUAGCUCCGCCCUUCCCUCUUUGGAAGCACAGUGCUCUCUGACCAUGUUUAAUGUAUUUAUUUAUUUAUUUUAUUUUAUUUAACCAGUGUAGAUGACCAAUGUAAAGGUCUGGGCCACUAUUGAAACCUUUUUUUUCUUUCUUAAUUGUUAUGCAUACCUGAUUCCAAAUAAAGCUUCACUGACUACA